AUGCAAAUGAAUUGGCUAACUGAGGCUGGUAUGAAACGUCAAAACGUGUACAUCGUCGAUGGAUGCGUCGCACUGCAACGAGUGCUCACUCCUCUCACCCUAUCAUCAACCGCGCUGUCUGCCUCCAUCUCCGGUGGUAGUAGUAGUAAUAGCAGUAGCAGUAGCAGUAGUAGUAGUAGUAGUAGUAGUAGUAGUAGUAGUAGUAGUAGUAGUAGUAGUAGUAGUAGUAGUAGCAAUAGCAAUAGCAGUAGUAGUAGUAAUAGUAGUAGUGGUAAUGGUGAUAGGCCGCCGCUUUGUAUAAACUGCCUGGAAAUAGCACUUGGAACAGUUGUUCUUCAUGUUCACUGCAUGCAGCUGAUGAGAAGUGCAGUACUGCUUGCAGUAUAUGUCAAACUAACGAAGUUCAAUAUUUGA